AUGCCAUCAUCAACAACCUUGUCGACGAGUCAAAAACUCCACUUGUUUCCCUCUUGGCCUCCUCAUUUCAUCUCUUCUUCUGAGAAUGGCCACCCCAGUGAACAACAAGAACCCUUCCAUGAUGAUGCAUCAUGUUCAUCACAAAUGGAAGAAGAGAGAAAUCCAGAAAUGGAGCCAAUUUCCGCCACUUCUACUUUUAUUUCAACAAGAUCAUCCUCGUUGCCUCUUCUUUCAACAUCUUUGAAUGGUUGUUCUUCUUCUUCCAUCCAUUGCAAUAACAAUACCAACAAUACCAACAACAAGAACACAAUGAACCAAAUGAAUAAUGACACCACUAGUUUCAGCAUUCAAGUAUUGAGUAUUCAACCAGAUGUCUCUUCCAUUCCCAACACUCCUUCUUUGAGUAGUAGUAGCAAUAGCAGUAGAAGUAGUAGUGGUGGUCCUCCUCUCUAUGGACGAACCUUCCAUUCCUCAUCGUCAUCAUCAGACUCACAUUUAUCUUCUUCUUCUACUUUGGGUACUGUUUCUUCUUCCUCCCAUCUUCCACAUGAUUCCUCGUCAUCAUCUUCUUUCGACUAUUGCAGCAGCACCACGAGUUGUAGUAGUACUAGUAGUACUACCAGUAUUAGCAAUAGUUGCAAUUACACUCAGCAGGAACCACUUCUCAUCAUGCUUCAACAAGAACAACAACCAUCCAUCUCCUCAUGGUUGUCCUCCUCCUCUUCUUCUUCUUCUUUUCUCUCGAAAAUGUUCCACAAACACAAAUACACCCUUCUCUAUCCAUUAUUACGUUUCAUCCUUGCCUUUACCUUCUUUUUCUCUUCAUCCUUUCUGACACGUUUCAUCACUAUGCAUUCUCUCGUUCCUGCUGUCGAUUUGUCUCAGAGGCCUCUUCAUGAUGUCCUUCUCGAUCGCAUUCAGACAGCAUUCCCUGAGGCAUUCAAAAUCACGGAAACCAUGACGGUCGUGAUGGCCCUUUUGAUGGUCCUCUUGUCCUUCUUUAAUCGAACCCAUCGAUUCAAUAUUGUGGUUCGAUUCAUUGUGUUGGAUGGAAUCUUGUUGUUGCUUAGGCUGAUGACCAUGUCGAGUACCAUGUUGAGUAUUCCAAAUCCACAUGAUAUUUCUCGAUGCUAUUCCUUGCAGCAAAUGACAACGUUUGAGCGAUUGUUUGGAACUUCAAAGAGAGGUUCUUCUUCUUCACAUUAUUCUCAAUCCAUGGAUGGAAGUAGUAGUAGUAGUCGUGGAAGUAGUAGUACUCAUGCGUUACAAAUGCUCUCUUCUAUAAUGACUUCAAUGAUGCAAGAAGGAAGAAAUGGAAUGGAAGGUUUUCUCAUUCAUUCAUCUUCUUCACAACAACAACAACAACAUCACCACCACUCACACUCAGCAGCAGCAGUAACAACAUCCUCCUCCUCAAAUGAUCAGAAAGCUCUACUUGGUUACACUUGUGGAGAUUACAUGUUUUCAGGACAUACCUGUGCCUUGACAUUGUGUACCUUUUUUGUUUUAUAUUAUUCAUCGGUGAAGUAUUUUCAUCCUUGGUCGUCUUCUUCUUCUUCCUUGAAUGGUCGAAAUCAGAAUCAUCACUCAUCAGCAACAUCAUGGUCUCCCUUCUCUUCAACAACAACUAGAUCCUCCAAAAUGGCAAGAAAGAUUUGGGUUUGGAUGAGAAGAGUGUUGGUGGUGGUGUUGCUUUCAAGUUGUGCUUUGGGUUUGUUUUGCAUUGUGUGGUCCAAGGAACAUUAUACGGCCGAUGUGGUGGUGGCAUGCAUCAUUACAGUGCUGCUAUGUAUGGUGUAUCAUUAUCAAUUGCAUUUGUAUUGUGAAGAAAAAGAACGAAGAAGAAUGAAUGUUGUCAUGGGUUUCACACGAGACCAAGAACAACAGCAAGAACUAAAUGAUUUCACACGUGAUCAAGAAGAACAACAAAUGGAUGGACAAGAAAAAGUUGUAUCUCGUUCUGUUUCAGCUUCUUCAUUCUAUGCAGAAGAACAAGUGGAUCAACCUUUGAGAAUGAAUGAACGUCCACACAUGUAUCCACUUUCUGGUGCAAGUUCGUCGUCCAUGAAUGAAUUUUCUUUUAAAUUCUUUUCAUGGUUUGAAUUCGAUAUGGAACAUCAAGAUCUUUUGAAGAGUAAUGAGUUUGAUUUGAAACCCUUCGAAUGGAUUGCUUCGAGUUGGACCUAUGUGCAACGAAAGCUGUUUAGAGGAAUUAUUCCACAUGAUGAAGAAAGUGACUAG